GCGUCGCAGUCGCAAGCUGCGCUUCGCAUAGUCCAGAUCUCGCGCAUUUCCGAACGUUUCGACUGCUUGUAGCGCGCGCGCCAGUCGAUAUCGCACACGUGCGUGCGCGUUCAUCCUGACAGCACAGCCUAUAGACCGUCCUCACGACGGCAGAAACCGCGCGAUCCUCGUCGCAACUAGUUACGAGAGCGUGCGACCACCGCACAACAUAGCAGACAGCGGGACUAUUGCAUAACCGGGGCAGAAGAGAGACGACGCGAUACCAGGACUUGCGAUCUGAAGCGAGACAGGAACAGUGACACAACACAAGGGUUGAAGAGUUGAGAUUUAGAGGAAGACAGUGAUAUUUGUAUUUAUAAGAGUGACAACAAUAACGACGACGACGCCGCCGCCACCUGUUAUGUAAGGGCGGGAGAGCGGCGACAGCAGCAGAAGGCACAUCAUCCGAUCAACCCCAGGUCUUUCCCGGGCCUGGCUUGCGCAAUCGAGCUCAGUCUCCUCCCUCGCGGUGUUCGGGUGUGUGUAAUCAUCGACGUGCAAUAGUCGGGUAUUAGGAGUAGCAGGAACAACAUCAUCAUCAUCGCAAGUAGCUGCAGCAGCAGGACUAGUAUUAAUACUAUGGAUGAGUUAAUGGUGGUUGGUGGUGCGGCUCGUCGGAGCGUCGGCAGGACGUCGAGGAUGCUGAGGAAUGCGAGCGCUCAAGAGAAGGCUGUGGUGGCAGCGACGACUGCGGCUCUCUUUGAGGCUGCUGAAGCUGCGGACGCCGUCUACAGCGGAUGCGACCUCUUCAGAUGUCCUCUUUGCAGACGGACGCUGUCGACGCCGAUGACCGCAGAGUGCGGACACACUUUCUGCGUCCAGUGUCUGGAUAACAUGGAUAUGACGUGCACCAUCUGUAACGUAGAGUUGGGUUACCUGAGGGCCGCCAACGUUCUCGUCCAGGAUGUCGUCUCCAAGUGGAGGGAUUUACACAAAGGGUACAAAAGCGCCGUGCCGGGCACAGCAGAUAUUUUGGGAAUCGAACCCAGGUAUUGCCUGAGAUCGCGAAACGCCGGCCUGCAGACCAGAUCCUCCCCAAAUCAUCAGCAUUUCGACAAGCUGCUCAGGCGACUCAUCCAGUCGCACAGGAAGAACAGGCUUCACUACCUGAGGAAACGCAGGAAGGCCGACGACAAUCUGAGCGUUUGCCUCUCACGUACCAAAGAGUUCCGCAAGAUCCUCAAGAACGUUGAAAUCGUUAAAGAGAGAGCAGUCCGCGUGGCCUGGGAUCACGUAACAAUAUCGGUGUUGGAGUGUAUAUUGUGCAGCAGAUGUUUAUUGGAUCCGGUGACGACGCGAUGCGGCCACACUUUCUGCAGGGGCUGUUUGGCCCGUGUUAUCGAUCACGGGUGGGCAUGUCCCCUGUGCAUGGCCCCUCUCGACCCAACCGAGGAGACGAGGGGCACCACGCUCGUCAUACAGGAGGCCAUAGAAUUCCUGCUUCCCGAAGACUACAUCGAACGAUUGGCCAUCAGCAACCAGGAAAUCCAGGUGCUCGAGAAGGAUAGUCAACCGUUCCAGGUGCCCGUCUUCGUCUGCACGAACGCGUUUCCGAGCGUCGCGUGUCCUCUAUACGUGUACGAGCCCAGAUACAGGCUUUUGGCCAGAAGAUGCUUGAAGUCUAACACCAGGAGAUUCGCGAUGGCCGCUCGCAACGACAACUCUGAGAAGUUCGCGCCGUUCGGAACCGUUCUUGAGGUGAGGGAUGCCGUCCACAUGCGCGAUGGUACAUCCAUACUCACAACUGUUGGUGUCCGUCGGUUCAGGGUUCUGGAGAAAGGCGAACUCGAUGGUUACGAUACUGCUACAGUGGAGUAUAUCAAGGAUUGCGACGUCUCCGAGGAAAAGCUUCCGGAGCUUCUGGAUUUACACGAGCGAGUUUACAGCAAAGCCGGUAAAUGGGUGAGCUCUUUGGCUCCCAAGGUCCUGGCCGAAGUAGAAACUUGCAUCGGUGAGAUGCCACCAUUGGAAUCCGAUUGGUACAAGUUACCGGACGGACCAUCAUGGGCUUGGUGGCUCAUGCCCAUCCUACCAUUAUCAUCUAAGCUCCAAAUUGGCUUCUUAUACACGACGGACUUGGAGAAGCGCCUGAAAGCCAUCGACAAGAUGCUCGAGCACAUGAAGAUUAAGAUGCGCGCUCUCAAGAGGACCAACUCGUUGAGAUGCACCGAAACCGUCGAGAACUCUGAUUCGUGUCGACUGUCCUGGCUUAUAUGAGAAACAAAGACAAUUUUUGAUUUGCUCAAUAUUAAUAAUGAUGGUAUACCACCCUCCGUGGACACCGGAUUUCAGGUCAUCCAUAUCUUAAGUCGUUAAUUUGAGGAAGAAAGCCGUUAUCCACCUUUUCUUUUCUUCAAAUAUUUUUCGUUGCCUUCAAGAUGAUAAAACACAUAGAAUAGUUUCUAGGUAGAUGAUAUACAUAUACAGAUAGAGAUAUAUACAUAUAUUUAAAAAUAUAAUAUAAAUUAAUUAGUUUAGAUGGAUUUCCUAAGCCCAAUUUAAACUUUGAUCGUGGCUUAGAUGAAAUCAUUCUCAAUGGAACAAAGUUUACCUACAUUAAUUAUAUAUAUAUAUAUACAUAAACUUUUUGUCUAUCCAGUCUAUACAAUCAAUACGAUGUCUUAGCUUGAUGUUUAGAAUUGAAUGUAAUUAAUGUUAUUACGAGUAGUCAUAUUAUUAUUAUUCUCGAUUGAGC